UUAACUGAAGCUGAGAGGAUCAGCUACACUUCCUUUACACACACAUUUAAGAAGUUAAAGAGAGUUCUUGUAGUAAAAUGCCACGAAAGAACAGCUUUAGCUUAAAAAGUGUGCUGCUCAUAUUUCUGCUGAUAUUUGGUCUUUGUUGGAAACACUGCGACUCUCAGGUGAACAGUGAAGAAGCCAACAAACCUCCAGAUGGACGGCGAGGUGACGGCAGCGCCUUCUUCGCCAUGCGGAGCUGCCAACAGCUGCUGCAAAGCGACGCCGGCGAGUUCUUCUCCCCGGACUACCUGUGCUCCAACCCGCCUCUGUGGUGCAACUGGACCAUCCGGGUGGAUCCUGCAAAGAGGAUCCAUCUCUACUUAGAGGACCUGACCCCCGAUGACGGCUGCUCCCUCAAAGAGGACCAGAUCCACGUGGACGAGCCCGCCGGAGGUUUUGGGGGUCAUAAUGUCCUGCAGAAGUGCUGGCGGGAGGCCAAGUACAUCUCCUCCUCCAACACCCUGUAUGUGGUGCUGCUGAUCGGCGGCUGGCCCAGCCCCCCCUACAGGGGCUUCUAUGGCCGCUACCAAGCGUUUGGACCCCUGGUGGUUUAUAACCCACAGGAGAGAUUCACAGAGACAAACAGGAAGUCGGAACCAUCUCCUGAACUCAUGGACUUCGAUGAAAUUGUCACCAAUGGAGAACAGAUGGACUCAAAUUUGCCAGAUACUGAUCUUGUGUACGAUUAUUAUGGUCCAACUUCAGCCACGACGGCUGAGCUGGAGCACGAGGAGGACACAAACACUGAGUGGGGUGAAAAUCAACCUCCAGAGUUGGAAAUCUACAGCCACAUCUACCCGACCAAAGCCGUGUCCACAGUGCCAGUAUCCUUACAGGGGAUCUCUCGAUCUGGAAGAGGUGCCGCUCCAACAACACAAAUUUAUGUGGAGGAAGCUUCUGCACAUCCGGGGGAAGCUUCUGAACAUCAGGAGGAAGCUGCUGUUCCAGAGGAGGAGAGGUCUGCAGAAGGUGUGAACAACACGGAGGUCGGGGAGGCCUCAGACCAGCUCCCUGUCCCCUCCGAACCAGAGAAGACUGAGCAGACUCAUCCUCACCCCAACAUGGUGGAGCCGCUGUCGGACCACAGAGGGAACCUCACCAUUAGAAAUCACUCUGAAAUUCCACAUCUUCCUGGCGAUCACCUGUUUGAAGUGGCUCUUGAAGUGACCUUCAGACAGAAUUUUGAGGAGUCCUGGGACAGCGUGUCCAGGUCACUGCUGCUGUCGGUAAAGGCUUUGGUCAGCGAGCAGCUGAAGGCUCUGCGUCCGCCGCUGUCCAUGUCGUCGAAGAGAAUAAAAAGGCUGAGCACAGGAGUGCUGUACAUCCUCUGGCUGCAGAUUGGACAGGAGCCCGAGGGUCUGCAGGUCCACAAGGUCGUCCACUCCCGCCUGCAGGGCCUCAUCGCCGCGGGGAUCAACGUCAGUGAAAACCACAGGAAAGCCGUCCUCAUCUCUGUGUCGAUCGCAGAUGUAAAUGAGUGUGGGACUCAGCUGGUGCUGUGUGACGUCGACGCCGACUGCGUGAACCAGUUCGGUUCGUACUCGUGCCGCUGCAGGCCGGGCUUCCAGGACAAGUCCCGCCUGGGGUCUGGAGGAACGGUCUGUGUUGAUGUGAAGGCUGCAGGUUGCAGCUCAGGCCUGUCUGCUGAGACCAAAGGUGUCUACGUGCUCUUCUUCCUGCUCAGCUUCCUCAUCCUGAUGCUGCUGGCGACCACCGGCCUGCUGUACCAACGUCACCACCGGGGGGAGUUUCUGGUUCGGUGCCACAGCAGGGGCAGCGUUUCUCCUCCUGACCCCAACAACAAUCGGCACCACCACCACCACCACGAUGACGCCGACCUGCCCCCCCCACCCCCGCCUGCCCGAGGCUUCAGGGAGAGCUGGCCUCGGGUGAAGGAGCGCUACCCGCCCGUGGACCUGCCGCUGCUGAGCUUCAGCCCGCUGCUUCCACCGGACAGCUACAUGGAGCCGCGGGAAGGUGGGAAGAACAGUUAAAACAGCAUCUGACCUCAUCAAAACAUCUUUUCAUUUACUUUACUUUUAGUUUGUCCGUUUGUAAUCUGUUGCAUUAAAGUCACAACAAAACAUCUUUUCCUUCCUAUGUUGGCAAUUGUUUUUUUUAUGUGCUUUUACGACACCGGAAUCUGAAAGGGAUAAUAAUUAUAUUAU